GGUCGACCGGCAGGCCUGAUAAACAGAGAGAUGAGAUUCCUGAGACCCUCAGGCAACAAGAUGAUCAGAUAAUGGCUUUAAGUAAACACAUUUCAAAUGAUGACAGGUGUAAAGCUAAGACCUGAACUCGGGACACGUGCUGAACAACGCAAGGCAGAUUUGGAAGGAAUGAAGUUGAGCUCCUGGAAAUGAAACACAGCUCUGGCUUCUCAUCGCGGACGAGAAGGAAGAGUCCGCAGACCGCACAGCCGGCUGACGGACCCAUGCCGUCUCCCGCGUGCUGUCCCCCAGGCCCGGGGACGUCCACAGGUGACAACAUCCAGACACAGGCUGGGAUCCGCUUCACCAGCUGGACCAGGCAGGCCCCUCCGCGUCCGGCUGGAGGGAAAUACAGCAUAUCUUCCGCCAUUUCCGUGAAAGGGUGUUUCCAAGCUCCCACCUUGGGAUGCGUCCGUCGGUGCCCUCCCUCCCCCAGAUCUGCUCCCCUCUCCCCCCUUCCCAUCCACCCUGGAAAGACCAGCUCCAGCUGGCCCCUGUCUCCCCUCUCUGAGCUCGCAGAGCCAGGAUGUGGGAGCCGCCUGUCCUCCACCCCGUUGGCAUCAUCCCACGUCACUUGCCUCUCCUUCCCCCCAACUAAAGCGUCACCACCCCGAAGGCGCGGACGGGGUCUCACAUGGCCCUGCGCCCUCCCCAGGGACAGCCGUCACGAGGCAAGUCCCUCCCCAUCCGGCUUCAUCCCUGGGAGGCACAGGAGAGGCAGAGGCGGGGAAGGUUCUCUCCUGGGGAGCUGGUCGGCCUUCAUCAAGGAGCAGGGCCUUCACUGUGUGUCGCCUCUUUCCCCCAGCUGCCCAGGGAGGACAGGAAGAAAAACGAGGUCCCGUGGCCACAGCCCCGGAGGGGACAGCUGCCACCGCCGAGGUCUCCUUUCUGCCCACAGGCCACCUUCCCCCCACCCCCAGCCCCUCCUGGUCCUCCCAGUGGGACGGCUGGGCCAGGCAGUGAGGAGGAAGGAAGACACCCGCAGGGAGACGGAGUUCUGCUUGGCUGUCACAGAGGGACGGAGGCUUGACGAACCCGCCCGGCUCCCUGGGGCAGCACCACUCACGCUUUGGGAGGAACCACGCACGACUAUAUUUCCUCUUUUAACUGAACAUACCCCGGCGUGGAAACCGUAGGAGCAUCUCGACCUUCCUUUGGGAAACUACCAACCCCACGUUCGGGGAUGAGAUCAACCAGGCUGGGCCAGAACAUCCUCUUCCCCUGCCUGCCAUGAUUGCUGUUAAGGGUGGACACAGCCAGGGAGCCGGGCCGCCAUAUUGCGAACGUUCUGAGAUACCAUGAACUGCAAGAUGCCCCAUUAUCUUAAACACCUCCAAAGGAGAAAAUAUGCUGCCAGUUUCAAUUGUACAAUGCCAUCAACUCUCACAGCUGUUAAAACGUAGGGGUGGUGGGGGAAGGGCGUCUAAGAAUCUAUGAAUGAUGCUUGGGGAUUGGGAAAGGAAAACUAUUGGGAGAAAAAGCUCUUCUACUGGGAUCCUUGA